AUGGCAAACCAAUUUGUGUCUCUGGUGAUUCUUGAAUACAUUGAUGAAACAUGGGAAGGCCCUUCCCUUUGGCCAGGAGAUCCUUAUGAAAGAGCCACCGCUCGCUUCUGGGCUAAAUUCUUUGAUGAGAAGUGUGUGCCUGCAAUGUGGAAAGUAUGUUGGAGCAAAGGAGAGGAGCAAGAGAAGCUCAAGGAGGAAUGUAUGGAACUCCUGAAAAUUCUUGAGAGUACACUUUCUGGCAAGAAGUUCUUUGGGCCGGGUGAAUGGAUGGAUGAGUACCUAAACUCUGACAUUAUAAAGGAAAAUCUGCCUCCCAAAGAUAAGUUGACUGAAUAUUUCCAACCAAGUUUUGAAGCUGCUGCAGCUGCUGCUAAUGCCGCCGCUGCCGGUGGUGGUGGUUCACCCAAAUGA